UGUCCUCGUUUCGCUCGGUUCACUCUUGCGAUCACUGUCACUCACUAGCCUUCGCUUUUCUUUGCUCCGUUUCCGGAGUCGCAUUCGCCAUCGACGCCCUUUUUCUUCUCCAACACUUUUUCCGGCAUUGGAUUUCGUUUCCGGCGACAGUCUUCAAGAUAAUAUUGUUACAUAAAAAUGAGUUCAAACAGAGGGCGUGGGAAGCCUUAUAGCUCAGAUACCAACAAUGAGAAGUCACCUAAGGAGAGCAAUGUUUCUGGAAUUUCUACCACUACACUAGACCAUUUGAGUCAGGGUUUAGCGGAUGUUAGCCUGGAAUCUGGACAGGCGGAUGGUGAUUGGGAAGUUUAUGCCAAAAAGUCCAGGAACAAAGCUGGAACCAAUGCAACUAAACAAUGGGGUGCCCAGAAUUUUAGUUCUAAAUCAACAGAGAUAGCUCAAACGGCAGGUUCACGUAAUGGUGGUGGACGAGGAAAGGCGCCUGGUAAGAAUUGGCAACCACAAAACCCUGAUGCAAGGAGAAUGGCUGGACGAGGGAAUGCUUGGCCACAAUCCAGGGCUUCAGAUGCUAAUCAUAUAGCUGCACCAGCAGUAAUCCCCCCUCCUCUGGGGCAUGGUUGGAAUUGGCAAUCUAGGGCAGGUUCCAGUCAAAGUAGCGUAUUGGAAGAUGGCCAACAUAGAGAUGAAUAUAACCCAAACUCAUAUCCGAGUGACGAGAAUGAAGGAGAUGACAAUGUUGAUGAUAAAGACAAUGAUUCUGAUGAUCUGGAGGAUAGUGAUGAUGAUGUCUUAAGUGAUGAUUUUGACUCUGAUGUUAGUCAAGAGAGCCAUGAAACUCGAAAAAAGAGUAGAUGGUUUAAGAAAUUCUUUGAGAUUUUGGAUAGUUUGACUGUCGAUGAGAUUAGUGAACCUGCAAGGCUGUGGCAUUGUCCAGCAUGCCAAGGAGGUCCUGGUGCAAUUGACUGGUACCGUGGCCUGCAACCCUUGAUGGCACAUGCCAGAACGAAAGGAUCUAAAAGGGUGAAGCUGCACAGAGAGCUGGCAGAACUGUUGGACAAGGAGUUGCGGCGUAAGGGAGCAUCUAUCAUUCCUGCUGGUGAACUAUUUGGUAAAUGGAAAGGUCUGAAAGAUGAGGACAAAGACCAUGAGAUUGUGUGGCCUCCUAUGGUUGUUAUUAUGAAUACAAAGCUUGAGAAGGAUGAAAAUGACAAGUGGAUUGGCAUGGGAAAUCAGGAACUUGUUGAAUACUUCAGUCUAUAUCUUCCUGUGAAGGCACGACACUCAUAUGGCCCCCAGGGGCAUCGUGGGAUGAGUGUUUUGAUUUUUGAGCCCUCAGCAAAGGGUUAUUUAGAUGCUGAACGCCUGCACAAGCAUUUCAUUGAGCAAAGAACUGAUAGAGAUGCUUGGAAUCGUGCGGGGAGGAAUUUGUUUUAUCCAGGUGGAAAGCGCCAACUCUAUGGGUUUAUGGCUCUAAAAGAAGACCUCGACGUUUUUAACCAGCACAUGCAAGGCAAAUCUAAGAUGAAAUUUGAGAUGAAAUCAUAUCAAGAGAUGGUCGUAGAUCAGAUAAGGCAAAUGAGUGCGGACAACCAACAGCUUAGCUGGUUGAAGAACAGGGUCGUAAAAGAAAGGAAUAAGGCUAAGGCCUAUGAAGAAUCUCUUGGUAAAGUGUGUGAAAAGCUUCGGAUGACCAAGAAAGAAAAUAGAAUUGUUAGAGAGAGAACCCUAAUGCAACACGAAGAGAAUAAAGAAGAGAUGCAAAUGCAAGAACAAUUUUUCAAAGAACAAAUCAAACUAUUGCAUGAAACGAGGGACGAAAAGGAAGAGAAUUUUGAAAGGUUGCAGCAGGAGGAACGUGAGAAGAUGAAACAAACGAAUGGAGGCCGUUCAAAUACAGAUGAAUAUAGAAGCAGGGUGGAGGAGCUUGCAAAGUUCAUAAAGUUCCAAGAGAAGGAGAUGGCAGAGUUUGUAACAGAGAGGGAGGAGCUGAUAAAAGUUCAUGACGAAAAGAUGGUAGCAAUGAAACAGAGACAUUGGGAGGAAGAAGUUAAGCUGGAGGAAGAGUUCAAUGCAGAACUAACUCGGCUGAUGGAUAAAUAUUCCCCUAGAGUUCUAAAGAUGCAGAAGUGCAGUCGAGUUGAGGGUCGGGUCGAGGCAAUGGUGAAGGUAAGAAAGUGUUUUACAUGGGAUGAUGAUAGUCCUUUGCUUGCAACUAAGAACGGUAUCUACUGAGGAGAGUCACAAUCUGUUUUCCUCUCCUAACUUAUGCUAUUCUCAAACACAGCGGUAUAGGAUAAACCAAAAACGGUUGAAUCUUAGGGUUUUGGUUGAGCUUCUGAACACGUUAUGACUCUGCCUACUGUGGUAUAUAAUGAUAACGUUUUUCCAUUUAAAGAUUAAA